CGCUUUUGAUCCCGGAGAUCCCCGGGGAACCGGCAAAAUCCACAGAGACGGUUGUAGGUAAAUCAGGAACGAAUGAUAUACAGCUGUUUUGAAAGAGAUUUGCAUCGAAGUAGGCGUGGUUUGGUGCACGUGAGGAUCCAGAAAUUAUCCAGACGGGGACGGUCAGUGAUGUUGCGACUUCAGAAGUGCGUGGUUGAAGUGAGGAAGGAUAGUGAUCGCGCGAGUGGUUUGAGGUUCUAGUGAUGGUGAUCCAGUUUAUGUUGUGGAAGUCAGGAGUUUCAACUGAUUACAUCUAUACGUAAAGUGAAAUUGACAAAAUCAUCAUGAACUACCACCCCUACUCAACCUACAACCACCUUUACCAACAACAGAAGGACAGGAUCAGUCCUUACGCAUCUCAAACACAAGGAUUCAGCGAUCAAAGAGACUUUGUGCUAAACCAAAACAUCGCUAAUAGAGACAUCGGAUACUACGGGAAGUCUAGGGGCUUCUACAAAAGCGCGGGCGUGGAAUAUUUCCGUAGAAACCUAGAGGAUAGAAGACGAGAUGCGACGGAUAGCAUGUCUACUAGCAGCAGGUCUUCUGAAGAUGAUGCUAAGUCAAGCCAAAGAGUAGAUCGGGGAUACGCAAGCGCCGAAGAUAGUUGCAGUGGCAUUGACGACGACGAGUCUCCAGUCGAUCCAAUGUCCACCGACCAUGACCCUUCCUCCAGCGAGCACCAUGUCCUGGAACCCGCCAGCGGAUGCAUGGGAGGAAAGGAGGAACCACGUAGGUGUCUGGCAUGGGCGUGCAAGGCGUGCAAGAAGAAAACCGUUGCUGUGGAUAGGCGGAAAGCCGCUACGUUGAGGGAAAGGCGGAGGCUAAGGAAGGUGAAUGAAGCCUUUGAGAUGUUAAAGAAACGAACGUGCAAUAAUCCAGGCCAAAGACUACCGAAAGUAGAAAUACUUCGAAGUGCCAUAGAAUAUAUAGAAUACUUAGAAGAAAUACUGCAGGGUUCCAAAUCUGCUGCAGAAGGAAGUGAUAUUGUAGACGCUAAAAACGAAUACGUGGUAAGUACAAACUUGUGUCACUAG